AUGGCGAGAACCAUACGAGGCGAACUUGAGAAUUCGGCAGAUAACCAGGAGCAGUGGUUGAAAUUUGAACGUUCCCAACCCCCUCCACAGUUGGGCUCGCCUCUCAUCGUGUGGGAGCAGCGCCUGUUUAAAGGCCACCCGACUCAUCCUUACCUCGGCACCGACGCUAUCAGGGUGGGCUCAUCCGAGCUGUACGGCCUGCACCAGGCGUCGAUGCGCACCAUCUCCAUCCCGGACUUUCCUUUUCACGUCAAGAUGGCCCUAAGCUUCACUAUCACUAGCGCGAGGCGCACCAUGACUCCCUGGACCACCCGCAUGUGCAUCGAGGUCUCGCGGUUGCUCCAGGAUAUCGCGGACCCCGAGCUCCUAUGGAUUGCCCUCAAGAGGGCAGCCGCUUGUAGCGCCAACCGCGAUUUCGAGGCGGCCAAACACUUGUCCGUCAUGCUGCGCGAGGACCCGGAGCCGCGUGCCCGCGAGCUUGGCCAGUGCCUGGUCCUGCCCGCCGCGCUUUUUGAGCUCCGCAGUGAGGACCGCGUUGCGCCCGUGGUGGAACUUUUUAACUUAGAACCGACCCUCGAGGCGCGCAAGAACUGGUUCCGCAACUACGCCCGCCUCUACCUGCAGGCUGUCCUCCCGCCUCUCCUUUCGUAUGGCAUCUGCCUAGAGGCGCACUUGCAGAACGUCCUCGCACGUUUCGACGUCGAGACCGGUGCGCUGCGGGGCUUUGUUUAUCGCGAUAUGGGCGGCCUGCGCAUGCACCUGCCGACCAUGAAGGCCCGUGGCAUAGGCAUUAAGUCCGCGGACUUGGUUCCUGGAGCGGUCACGCUGACUGACGAUUUGGAGGCCGUGUGGAUUAAUGCUUAUCACAAUCUGGUGGUAAACCACAUGGGAGGCGCCUUGAGAGGGAUGGGACUCCAGUGGGACGGGGGCUGGGACAUUUUGAAAGAGGAGCUGAAGCAGGCAUUAGAGGCAAGCCCCGAUCCCGACAACAAGACGGCCGAACUGCUGGAAUUUAUGGUACGACCUACCAUGAAGAGGAAAGCGUUCCUAAGGAUGCAGAUUGCAGGGAUAUAUCGUGACAGUUUACGCCCGCCUUCCAAAUCCUUUAUUCAUCCUUCCAAGGGAAUAGGUGGGUUAAGAGAACUUGUCGGCCAGAGGAAUCUCUACAUGUACAGCCGUCUCCUAGCUGCCCAGAUGUUGUCGGCGCCAUAG